AUGAAUGUACAACAGAAAACGUCUCGUUUCCGCGUCAAACAAUUCAUAACACUUUUUUCUUUGUCUGUGAAAGUUCGCCGUCGCCGGAUGGAUCCACCACCGUCGUUACCUCACUAUCAAAGCCCUAACUUUAACUUCCACCCUCAAUAUCCUCCUCUAAACCCUAUUCCUAAUUUCUCCUUCCAACCUCCUCCUCCUCCUCCUUUCCCAAAUCCCAACACUUUCUCCAUCACUCCGUCUCCUCCACCAAUCCACUCCUUCUCCGAUACCCUCUCCUCUCUACAGUCUCUAAUAUCAGAAUGCCAACGCACAUUAGCUUCACUCUCGGACAAUCUAGCUGUAGACCACUCUUCUCUUCUCGGCAAUGACGGUUUUGUUCGGUGCCCUUUUGAUUCUAAUCACCUAAUGCCACCAGAAGCACUCUUCCUCCAUUCACUUCGUUGCCCAAAGCCUCUUGAUUUGUCUCAUCUCCUUGGGUCAUUCACUAGUUACAGGAACAAGCUCGAGUUACCGUUGAAUAACGGAGACGGUGACAGUGACGUUUGUUUUGGGGACAACUUCUUCUACAAGGACUGCCCAGGCGUUGUUUACUUCUCUGGGAUCGAUGGUAACAAGCAAAGUUUAAGACUUUCUAGUGUACUGUCUGUGGAAUGCGGUGGGUUUGAAGGUUCUUGUGAGAAAGAGAAGAAGAAGUCUUUAAGGCUCUUACCAUCUGAUGUAUAUGCAAUGAAAAGUGAGAUUGGGACAUGGAGAGAGUAUCCGAGUUCUUAUUCAUAUAGUGUUCUUUCUUCGAUUGUGAGUUUGAAAGUGAAUGAUAUGAGUGAGUUAAGGACAUGGAUUCUGGUGAAUUCAACGAGAUAUGGUGUUGUAAUUGAUACUUACAUUAGGGAUCAUGUGUUCUUGCUCUUUCGGUUGUGUCUGAAAGCGGUUUUAAAGGAAGCUAGUGGGUUUAUGAUAGAGUCUGAUGCUAAUGCCGUUGGUGGGAAGGAGAUUUUGAGCUGCAGAAGUAGAAGAUUCGAGUGUCCAGUUUUGUUCCGAGUGUUGUCUUGGUUAGCUUCUCAACUUGCUGUCUUGUAUGGAGAAGGAAGUGGGAAGCUUUUUGCUCUGGACAUGUUUAAACAGUGCAUUGAAUUAUCUGCCUCUCAGAUUAUGUUGUUCUGGUCACCUGAAUCCUCUGGUGUUCUCGAGGUUUUGGAUGAUGCAAACUUCGGUAACGAGGAUGUGAAGAGUGGGGAAACUUUGGAGAGUGCUCAGGUGAUAUCUGUGUCCCGUGUGGCUGCAGCUGUUGCAGCGUUGUAUGAAAGAUCCAUGCUUGAAAGAAAAAUAAGAGCAAUUCGAUAUUCACAACCACUAACGAGAUAUCAGCGGGUGGCUGAGCUUAGUGUUAUUACAGCUAAAGCUGAUGAGGAACGGAAGGGACGUCCAAACUACCGACCUAUUAUUGAUCAUGAUGGUCUUCCGAGACAACGCUCAUCAAAUCAGGAUAUGAACAAAAUGAAGACAAGAGAAGAGCUUUUAGCUGAAGAGAGAGAUUACAAGCGUAGAAGAAUGUCAUACCGUGGUAAGAAGGUGAAACGUACGCCUCGACAGGUGUUGAGGGAUAUGAUAGAAGGAUUUACAGAAGAAGUGAAGCUAGCAGGAGGUAUUGGAUGUUUUGAGAAAGGAAUGCCAUUACACUCCUCGUCUUCUAUAGGCAAUGAUCAGAAGGGAAGUGUCUGUGGAUACGAUUCUGUAUCAACAACAUUAACAGACGCAUCAGCAAGUUCUUAUAAGCAAGGGAAAGGAAAGAACCAUGCAGAUAAGGAGGAUACAAUGAAUAUUAGAACAAAUACAGAUAGAGGAAAGCGGUAUGAGGAAUAUGAUUCAGGUAGCUCACAGAGACAGCAAAAUCACAGAUCAUACAAGCACAGUGAUCGAAGAGAUGAUGAAUUCACAAGGACCAAACGACGUAGCCAGGAAAGGGAAUCUUAUCAUCAAAACCACAGAUCAUCUCGUGAAAAGAGUUCUUCAGAUUACAAAACCAAAAGGGAUGAUAGUUAUGACCGCUGGUGUCCGGAAACUAGGGAGCAAAACUCGUUUGAAGAUAGAUACAAUCCAUCAAAAAGAGGUUGAAGUUAAAGAGAAGAGGUAAAGUCAUUUGAAGUAUUUCCUUAUCACCAUGUCUGUUGGUCUGAGGGGUGGUCUAUUCCGAUGAUCUUGCAGUUAAAGUUUACCCGGAGCAUCUGCAGUUUUGUGUGAACCCGUAUCCUCUUUAUGUAUCCUUAACCAUGAUUUUUACCUUCUUGGAUAUAUUUAAGUGUUAAUCAAGACCUUAUCUUUCGAUACUCAAGUUUCUAGCUAUUUCUCAAGUCCCUUUAGGUUUAUAGAUUCAGUGUGGUUACAACUCCUGUCUAGAUAACUUUUCAGUGUUACUUUCUCUUCUGCUUGUGACAGAUUGAAGUCAAGUCAAAGUAUGUUCUUGCUAUGAACAAGCCAUGAACCAUAUGAUUGCUUGCUAGGAAGAAAGGAGAACUCCAAAAGGGUAUGUAAUGGUGAGAGACUGUAAAGUUUACAUUUCUUAUACUUAAAUGCAGUCAUGUGUAGAUAUAUAUAAUUUACUCGUUAUUC